UGGUCCAGUGUUCAGUAUUGAUUUGGAUAUUCCAGCAAGAUGAAGUUGUUCCUAGCAGUGAUGGCCUGCCUGGCCGCGGCUCAGGCCGCCAAGCUCCAGUUCGAGACGCCGUUGAACGUGCGUGACGCCGUGCAGCAGAGUCGGUCCCGCAUCGUGAACGGAUUCCCGGCCGCCCCCGGUCAGUUCCCGUACCAGGUGUUCCUACGUGGAUUCACCGCCGGAGGUGGUGCCCUGGCCUGCGGAGGUUCGCUCAUCUCUAACCAGUGGGUCCUAACGGCUGCCCAUUGCAUCACCGGUGUUGUCCGGUUCGAGAUUCCGAUGGGAUCGAUUGCGUCCGCCACUCCGGAAGUGAUGGGCACCUCGACCAACUUCAUCAUCCACCCGCAGUACAACCCGAACAACCUGAACAACGACAUCGGCCUCAUCCAGCUGGCCACUCCGGUGACCUUCAGCCAGAACAUCCAGGCCAUCGCUCUGCCAGCGGCUGACCGCACCGGCGAGACCUUCGUUGAUAAUCAGGCUACCGUGUCCGGUUUCGGACGCACCGUUGACGGAGGCCCAGUGUCCCCGACCAAGAACUGGGUCAACAUCCGCAUCAUCUCGAACGCCCAGUGCAUGCUGACCUACGGACCGUCCGUCGUCGUUGGAUCGACGGUGUGCGGCCUCGGCUGGGACCACAAUGCCCAGAGCACUUGCAACGGAGACUCCGGCGGUCCGCUGGCCAUCCAGGAGAACGGCCAGAGCCUGCAGAUUGGCGUGGUUUCGUUCGUAUCUUCGGCCGGAUGUGCCUCGGGACACCCGUCCGGCUAUGUGCGCACCACCCACUUCCGCACCUGGAUCAACCAGCAGACUGGAAUCUAAGCUGUGGUUGAUAUUUGAUGCUUCAAAACGGACUGAUUUGUGUUUUUCGAUAAGUUACAGUGUAAAUAAACGGUCAAACAAAUUUU